AUGUCAAUCGAGGACAACGAAGCUGCACGGGCUGCGACAGAGCAAACGCCCUUGCUCCGCGAUGCUGACCCCACCGCGAGGCCGGACGCGCAGGAACCCGAGGAGGCGAGCACGAAGGAACUGAUCUUCGUUCUGAGCAGCAUCUGGCUGGGUGUAUUUCUGGCGGCUUUAGACACCACGAUCGUCGCGACCCUCUCCGCUCCCAUAUCCUCCUCGUUCAAUUCGCUCUCUCUUCUCUCGUGGCUCGCUUCUUCCUACCUGAUUUCAAAUGCCGCAUGCCAGCCUCUUUGCGGCCGGCUGACUGAUAUUUAUUCCCGUCGUUGGGGGCUUGUCUUGUCCAAUGUGUUCUUCGCCCUCGGAAACUUGAUCUGUGGCCUGGCAAAGACCGAGAGCACCAUUAUCCUCGGUCGCGUGGUGGCCGGCAUUGGUGGUGGAGGCAUGUUAGUAAUCUCGACAUUUGUCACAUCCGAUUUGGUCCCUCUUCGGAGAAGAGGGGUUUGGCAAGUAUUUGGUGGCUGGAUCAAUGACACCCUCGGAUGGCGCUGGGCCUUCUUGAUCCAGAUCCCGUUUCUUGCGGUGUCCACUUUGCUGGUUCUCUUCAAGGUCAAGAUCCCAGUUAAAGAGAGCGACAAGGCUCGUAUCAAGCGUGUCGACUUCCUGGGCGCUAUCACCCUUGUGUUGACCUUGGUGACAUUGUUGGUUGGCCUCAACACUGGCGGCAACCAGCUGCCAUGGACCCAUCCAAUUGUUAUCGCCUCUCUUCUCCUUUCCGUGCUCUUUUUAGGAAUAUUUCUCUACGUGGAAGCCAAAGUGGCAUCUGAGCCUGUCAUUCCCGCAAAGCUCCUGCUGGAUCGAACGGUUGGAGCGGCAUGUCUGACAAAUUGGUUCACCACAAUGACGGUCUUUGGGUUGCUCUUUUACCUGCCUCUAUACUUCCAGGUGCAAGGGCUCUCCGCCACCGCAGCUGGCGUUCGAUUGAUUCCACAGGCUGCAGGAACGUCUAUCGGCUCUCUUGGAACGGGCUUGAUAAUGGGAGCCAAUGGGCGCUACAAGCUGCUCAGCUACGCUGUAAUGCUCCUCUUGGUGACCUCCGAGGCCCUCAUCUGUACCUUGACCCUAUCCACGCCUGUCUGGGUCCCGUUUAUCUAUUUCUUCCUGCUCGGAACCGCAUAUGGCGGCAUGCUCACCAUUACACUGGUUGCGCUAAUCUCCGCGGUCGAUCACCAGUAUCAUGCAGUGGUGACAUCUGCAUCUUAUGCUUUCCGCAGCACAGGCAGCACUAUCGGCGUCAGCAUUGCUUCGGCUGUGUUCCAGAACACUUUCAGCAGAGGGCUAUGGUCUCGAUUUGGCGAUCGCAAGAAUGCUGCCGAGCUGAUUGGCAAGCUCCGGGACAGUUUGGAUGAGAUAUCGAAACUCCCCCGUGACUGGCAGACAGGAGUCCUGGAUACUUAUAUGACCUCUCUCCGCGCUGUAUUUCUGACAUUGUUGGGGUUAAUGGUACUUGGUUCAUUGUGCAGCUUAGCGAUGCGGGAGCACAAGUUGCAUAAUACCCUUUCGCGCCGUUGA